GGUGGUAAGAGGGGACUGGGGACGGAGGGGCAAGUGGGCGAUCGAUCAAAUUGAUCACGGAAUAACAACGGAUAUCCCCUGUAUUGUAAUAGGUAAUUUACUAUCGCGUUAGAAGUGGUGAUAAAAUCAGCAACAAUGACAGUUAUAACGAAACCGAGCGGCAUACUGACAAAACAGGUUAUUAUAAACCCUCCUCAGCUUGAGUUUGAGCCAAAUGGUAAACAAGCUUGCGACGAGGAGAAAAUUGAGAUCCAGCCAGAAUGGCCGAAGAGGUCCACCGGCAGUGGCAUGUGCUGCAUCCUGCUCGGCGCUAUGAUGCUGAUGUUCCUGGGCUUCGUGGUGGGGCUGAUGCUAUACCAGCAGUUCAUGCGGCCCGCCACCGUGCGCCGCUACCAGGGCUUCUGCUCCAUACCCAUCCCUAAUGACAUCAGAGAGAACUCUAUGGAAACCAACUACCGUGUGCUCCCACUGCGCUGGUCCACGGAUGCUGACGUGCAGAUUGUCAGCACCGUGGACGAAGAAGCCGGGGAGGACUUCGUCAACGCACUCCGCGAGGAGUUGGACCUCGGGGACUCGGUGGAAAAGAUAUCCGUCCUCAACAACGGACAUCGCGUCAACUUUAUACAUGACUUCAACGAUAAUACUACUGGUAUUGUUGACGAUGAGCGUUGCUUCAUAAUGGACCUGGAGCCGGAGCUGGUGCUGUCCCCGGAGCUGUUCAUCACGGGGCUGGAGCAGGGCGGCCAGUUCGACGUGUCGCGCGUCCGCAGCAACGUGAAAGCGGCUCUGCCCGCACUGCAGGAGCUGUCCCGCGCCGCCACCGAGCUUGCUGCCAAGUGCUUCUCCCGCCCGAUCUAUCGUCUGUACCGAGAUGAAGGCGUUGUCAUCCGCAAGCGUUCAGCCGACGACCCAAAACACGACUACAUCCAGUUCUCCGGCAAACACGUGCUCGAGCUGAAGAUCGACAACCUGCCCGAGAUACUCGCUUACGAGAAGAAGAUCAAGGGCAACUAAAAAUAUUAGGUUAAUGGGUGUUACAAGAUUGAGCUUUGCGUUAAACUAUUCUAAUGACUCUUUCUUUAAUAAGUCAUGGCUAUGAAACAUGAUGAGUAGACUAGCAUAAAAACAGUCAAAAAAUAUGGGCAAUGGACAAGAAGUUUGGAACACUGACGCUGACUUUCAAUAAUGGAAAAGAAAAUGAGGAACAAAAAUGACACUUUCGUGCGUCAUUCGUCACUGACGAAUUGAAAUUCCAGAGAAGAAAAACUUGGAAGUAGAACUCAAAUUGGAAGGUCUAUUCUUAAGACCUUAAGUUAAAAAUUGCUACGACUAUUGAUGAACUGUCUAAGGUUGAAACCAUGCUUGCAGAUUUCUGUCCAUCUUACUUUUUACUAGAAGCUUAAAUAUGUACCUAAAUCAGAACUGUUUAACGCGAAGACCAUACGUAGAUCCCAUACUUGUUCUAAACAGGCAAGAUAUUGCCUUUUUGGCUAAUGGCCUAUCUAUCUUUUAUGCCACUGAUAUCGUGGUAUAUCUCGUUUGUGGCACACUUUAAAUAUUCUAAGUGUCUAAAUUAGUUGUAUAACUUUCUUGCCAAAAGUUUUGAAGUAAUUUCUUUUUCUUCAAUAUUGGUGAGCAAAGUGUUAACUGUAUUAGUUUUAGUGAUAAGUGAAGAAUUAAACCCGAAAAGUUUUAGAUUUAUUUCAAAAGCACUUUGGAAAUGGUUAAUGUGGAUAGUCUAAAGCAAGUUAGGUAAAAAAGUUUGUGAUGAAAGUGAAAAUCUUACGAAAUUGGUGAAAACUAGUACCCAUUAUAGGGUGAUCAGUGUUUUUGCAUUUGCAAACCAAUGCUGGGAUGGAAUGAGUUUCUUUUUAAUUUCGGAUAUAAUUAUCAUGGUGACAGCCAAGCCAACAUGUAUCUAGUAUGUAAGCUAAAUAAAAUUAAUUUAUUAAACUAAAUAUAGUUGUUAGAAAUAAAAAAGUGUAAAAAAUUGAA